AUGGACGGCCUUUCUAAUGCAGCCAGCAUUAUAGCUGCCAUCCAAGUUGCCGGGAGUGUUAUGAAGAUUUGUGUGACUUACUUGAAUGAAGUGAAGGAUGCCAAGAAUGAUGUUCAUCGCCUACGACUGGAGGUUGCGAGUCUUACUGUCCUACUGGAAAAGGUAUCGAAACUCCUGCACAAUCCAGAUGGCAUGGAACUUUCGGCUUCUAAGAUGUUGGUUGACGGUAUGAACGAUUGUCUUUCAACGCUCACUUGCUUGGAUAAAAGGAUAGACCCAGGAAACAGAUCCAAGAUAAUGACCAAAUGGGGAAUUCGAGCUCUCAAGUGGCCCCUAAAAAAGGAAGAGUUGAGAAAGGUUGUUCAAGAUAUCGAGAGAUGCAAGACGGCUCUGAAUUUAGCCUUGCAGGUUGAUCAAAUAAAACUCAUAAAUGGCAUGGACCAAAAGAUCGACCUCUCCAAGCUGCCAACUGCCUUAGGCGCCGAGUUCGAUUCAUAUUCAGACCAACACGAAGACCAAUGUCUACCAGGAACCAGAAGUGAGAUCCUUGGAGAGAUCAAUAAAUGGGUGGAGUUUCCACAAGGGAGAUGCAUCUUCUGGUUGAAUGGAAUGGCUGGAACGGGAAAAUCAACGAUUUCCCGAACUGUGGCCAGAACAUUACAGGAGAGAAGGCUACUUGGCGCUAGCUAUUUCUUCAAGAGAGGCGAAGGUGACCGGGGGAACGCGACAAGAUUUUUUAGUACCCUCGCGACUCAAUUGAUGCACCAUAUGCCUCAGUUAAUACCAGCCGUGAGAAGGUCACUUGAGGCUGAUCCUGGUAUUUCAGGAAAGUCACUCAGGGACCAAUUUCAAAAGCUCAUUUACCAGCCGCUCCUGGGACUGAGGCUCAGCCAAAAUAGUUCCAAAAUUGUCAUAGUGAUCGAUGCCUUAGAUGAAUGCAAUCGGGAAGAGGAUGUGCAAGUUCUCCUCCAGUUGCUACCACGAAUGCGGGAAUCGGGCGCGCCGGUCUGUAUAUUUUUAACAAGCAGACCUGAAUUAGCGAUACGCCUGGGAUUCAAGCAAAUUGCCAAUGAGCAUCAGGACUUGAUACUCCAUGAGGUACCCGAGCUAGUGAUAAAGGACGAUCUAUCUUUGUUUCUCAACAACAGAUUCGCAAAGAUUAGAUACGAGCGUGCUCUAGCCCCAGACUGGCCGGGAGAUGAGAGCAUCGAAGCUCUGGUUGCCCUUUCCGCACCGUUAUUCAUUUUUGCUGUCACCGUAUGCCUCUUCAUCGGAGAUAGGAACUGGAGCCCAGAGAAGCGCCUUGCAUCAAUCAUCCAAGACAAGGCGCUAAACCGUACAUCGCGACUGGACAGGACGUACCUUCCAAUCUUGAAUCAGCUUCUCACCGGCGAGGAUGAAGAUGAGUCGAAGCAGCUAUUGCAAGAGUUCCAAGAUAUUGUUGGGAUCAUCGUCCUUCUUGCUUCCCCGCUCUCUAUUAAUGGCCUCUCCCGCUUGCUGGAUAUUCCCAAAGGUGACAUAUACAGCAGACUGGACUUAUUCCAUUCGGUCCUCAGUGUUCCGACGGAUCCAGAAGCUCCCGUGCGGAUUCUGCACCUGUCAUUCAGGGACUUUCUUGUGAACCCGGGCAGGAAAGCCAAAAGUCCAUUCUGGAUAGACGAGAAAGAAACGCACCGAAAGAUGGCCAAUAGAUGUCUUGCCGUUAUGCAAAGGGAUCUAAAGAAGAAUAUUUGCAAUUUACCAAGCCAUGGGACGAGUCGCGCGAAACUCGAUUCUCAGGCAAUCGGCUGCUACCUGUCGACCGAUUCACAAUACUCUUGCCGUUAUUGGGUACACCAUAUCGAGCAGGGCGGAUUCUGCAUGACUAACGGGCUUGAUUUGUUCCUUCGACAACAUUUCCUGCACUGGCUUGAAGCAAUGAGCCUUCUAGGGCUUAUACAUGAUUGUGUUGGGAUGAUCCACACUCUACAAUCCGUCACCCAAGCUCAAGCGGAACCUGAAACAUCAAGGUUCCUCCAAGAUGCAAAACGAUUCAUUCUGAAAAACAUACAGAUAGCUGACAACGCACCGUUGCAGCUAUACUGCUUGUGCCUCGCUUACGCACCACGGACGUGCUGCAUCAGAAAGACAUUUGAGAAACAGAUUCCUGGUUUGAUUACAAAGUUGCCUGCGGGAGAUGAUGCAUGGGACGCGCAAGUCCAGACUUUGGAAGGUCAUUCACAAAGAGUCGUGUCUGUCACAUUCUCACCAGAUGGCAGGCUAUUGGCAUCGGCAUCCUGGGAUGGCACGAUCAAACUUUGGGAAACUGCUACUGGGGCAUUGCAACAAACACUGGAGGGACAUUCAGGCUCAAUUGAAUCGGUGAUAUUCUCCCCAGAUAGCAGGCUGCUAGCAGCAGGUUCCGGGAGAAUGGUCCAAUUCUGGGAUAUAGCCACUGGAAAUCUACAAAUGACUCUGGAAGGCCACUUGGAUAGGGUCAGAACUGUCGCAUAUUCGUCAGAUGGGCAGAUCGUUGCAUCUGGUUCUCAGGAUAACACUGUAAAGAUUUGGGACCCUGCUGGAUCGCUGCAAUACACACUAGAUGGACACUCAGGUUUAAUUCGAUCGGUGACAUUCUCACCGGAUAACAAACUGGUGGCAUCAGGAUCUUCGGAUCAUACCGUCAAGCUAUGGGAAGCGGGCUCUGGAGUAUUGCAGCGGACAUUGGAGUGUCAAUUCUGUGUUUCCUCUAUCGCAUUUUCGCCGAAUGGCGAGGGGCUGGCUGUCGGCGCUGAGGAAACGAUCCAAUUCUGGGACACCGCUACUGGAACUCUUCAACAUACUAUAUACGAAAACUUGUCCGACGUUAAUUCUGUCGUAUUCUCACCGGACGGAAAGCAAUUAGCAUCAGGUUUCUCCCUAAGUACAGCCAAAAUUUGGGAUGUCACUACUGGAACCGAGCAGCAAGCCCUGACAGGCCACGAGAGUAACGUCUGCUCGGUGGCAUUCUCACCAGAUGGAAAGGUGGUGGCUUCAGGCUCCUUAGAUCGCACAAUCAAGCUGUGGGAGACUACCGCGCGAAACUUCCCGGCAGCUGCCCAAAUAGACAGCCACUCACAGUUAGUUGUUUCUGUCGUUCUCUCCCCAAAUGGAAAGCUGGUAGCGUCUUGCUCUUCCGAUGGGACAAUCAAACUAUGGGACACUGGCAGUGGGAGUAUCAUACACACCCUACAAGGUCAUUCAGACUGCGUCUGGGAUGCCGUAUUCUCAUCAGAUGGCAAGGUGGUGGCUACGGGCUCUCUUGAUUCAACAAUCAAGCUCUGGGACACUGCCACUGGAGCAUUGCAACAAACACUGGAGGGACAUUCAGGCCCAAUUGAAUCUGUGACCUUCUCCCCAGAUAGCAGGCUGCUAGCAGCAGGUUCCGCCGAUGGAACAAUAAGCAUUUGUGCUAUUCCAGAAGGAGCUCUCCAACGGACAUUAGAAGGCCAUCUCGGUCGGAUCAGGUGUGUAGCAUUCUCACCAGAUAGAAAGCUACUAGCAUCGAGAUUUGAUUAUGAGCGAAUCAAGGUCUGGGACGUCACCACCGGCACCUUGAAACAGAGUAUCGAAUCCACACCAUAUAGUUUGUCACGCUCCUGUGCCGUGAUAAAUGGGCCCACAAUCCAUUGGCAAGUGGAUGGUGAAUCACACUCAGUCUGGUCCGUGGCGUUUUCGCCAGGUGGCAAUUUUCUAGCAUCGAGCUCCUGCAGUUCGACAAUCAAAAUUUGGGAUACUGCCACUGGCAUACUGAACCAAAUUGUGGAGCGCCAUCCGGGUUUUAUUAGAUCCCUCGCGUGGUCUGAUAAUGGCCAAGGUCUUGAGACCAACAUCGGGUCGUUCGAUAUUCAGCCGCAGCAUGAGAAUAACGCCUCCCCAUCGAAGCAGCCCACUUUCAAAGUCUCUCUUCACAAUCAAUGGAUAGCUCUUCAGGGCGAUAAAGCGUUUUGGAUGCCUCCUGAGUACCGGCCCACUUGUUCGUUCAUUCGAGAAGGUAUUUUGGUUCUUGGGCAUAUGUCAGGUAGGGUGUCUUUCAUGGAAUUUGGUAUCUAG